AUGGCUGAGACGUUAAAAAACUCAUUUUUCAGCGCACUUCCUAGACCGUCCACGACCAAUGUAUCCCCACACACUCCAAGUUGGAAAGGUAUAAGAAAGACCUCAAUCCCCCUAGGUAAUCCGUCUUUCCUUUCUUCAGACAUCCCACAUCCCAACCCAUCACCAGCAAUCACAAAAGAUUAUUCAAAGUCACAAUCCAACUUACCAACAACCACACCAAUUACCAAAAUACAUCGCCACUCACCACUCACGCUCACAUCAACCAUCUCAUAACAAUCUAUCGCCACCCCGGACCUUUUAUCUACCAUCACAAAAAUGGCAAACCGGGGCACAAAGAACAUGUCCUUCGCCGUCCUGGUUCGUCGGUCGGAAAACUACC